AUGGGUACUAUCUGGUUUUUCUUCCAAGAGAAUUUUUCUGGGUCUAUUAUUGGGGAAAGUUCCCAACAUGUGUCAGUAAGACUCUCCCACGACCACAUACCGGGGUCUCGAGUUAUUGUAUCUUUUGUGCAUGCUUGGUGUACGGCCGUGGAGAGGAACGAGCUUUGGGCUGAUCUUUUGAGGGAUAACCCAGGCCCUAGGCUUGGUUCGUCGGCGGCAAUUUUAAUAUACGGCAGGGCUCGAAUUUGGAAACGGUUAGAUCUGGUUCUGGUGAAUGAGGGGUGCUAUGAUGCGGGGAUCUCAUUGUCGAUCUCACACUUAGCCCGGGAACCGUCUGAUCAUGCUCCACUUCUCAUCUCUGUGUCGACGAGGGUGGAUAACAAGCUGCGGCCGUUUAGAUUCCUCAACGUUUGGGCAGACCGUACUGAUUUUUUGGGUUUGGUUAGCGAGUCUUGGGAUCAACCUUGUUUUGGCUCCCCCAUUCAUACUCUAUGUCAAAAGUUAAAGCGACUUAGGGGGGUUAUUCGGCUUUGGAAUAAGGAGGUGGUUGGGGAUAUCUUUCAGGCAGUUAAACGCAAAGAAGAGGAGGUGCGGCUUGCUGAGAUUCAUGUGGAGAGUGAUGAAUCAAAGAAAGCGCGGGCGAACUUACAUCGUGCUCAAGCUCAGUUGCGGUCUACCUUGCAGGUUGAGGAGCUCUUUUGGAAGCAGAAGGCUCGAGUUAAGUGGUUAGAUGAGGGAGACAGGAACACUAAAUUUUUCCACUCUGUGAUAAAACAACGGAGGGUCCAGUCAAUUAUUCAUAAGAUUAAAAAUGACCGAGGGGAAUGGGUUACAUCGGAGAAGGCAAUAGGAGAGGAGAAGGUACGAUUUUUUGAGCAACUGUUUACGGAUCAGCAUUCGGCCUCGACUUCGGAUUUGCUUCUGAUUAUCCCGAAACUGCUGACUGACGAGGAUAACGAUGCCCUGGAGUGA